CAUUUCAACAUAUAUAUUGUAGUACCGUGUUUGUAAACAACCAGCAAAGUCUUUGAUACAUAAAAAAAUGUAAAAAACGUGAUUAAAAAUGUCAAAAAGCAGUACCACUGUCACUGAUAACGAAAAAAAAAAACGCCAGGUCAAAUCAGUGGCAUUGAACAUAAAACUCCGCGCGUUAAAAGAAAUAAAAUGUGGAAGGCCUAUAAGUAUAAUAGCCAAGAAUUUAAACGUAACAAACAAGACUGUCAAAAAUUGGUUAAAAAAUUCCGAUAAAUUACUAAAGUGGGAAGAUGAACACUGCGGUAAUUUACUAGAGCAACAAAAGCGCAUGAGAAAAGCCGAUAACGAUCUUGUUGAUAAAGCCACGUGGAUUUGGUACAAACAAAAACGUCUUCAUUCACCGGGGAUUAAUAUUCCAGGGACUCUAGUUCAAACCCAAGCAAAACAUUUCAAUGACUUGAUAAACAAAUCAAAAAAUGAGGACAAAGUAUUCGAGGCAAGUAAAGGCUGGCACGACAAGUGGCGUAAACGUAACAACAUCAGUUAUUUCAACGGUAAAAAAUUAUCUUGUGAUUCAGAAUUUUCAAAAUUGUACAAACAAGAAUUUAGUAAUUACUUACAAGCUCAACACUUGACACUAGAUCAAAUAUUUUACUGCGAUAAGACAAUUAUUAAUUACAAAGUUAUGCCAAAAAAAAUUACCGAUAGUGAUAACAAAGAACCUGAUAGUAAUAAUAGUAAUAAUAAAAAUAAUAAUAAUAAUAAUAAUAAUGAUAAUUUGAAAAGAGAGCGCGUAACAAUACUGACAUGUUGUAAUGCCACUGGUACAUUUAAAUUACCAUUACUUGUAAUCGGUAAAUAUCCGAAACCACGUGCUAUUAAAAAUUUAUCAUCGCUGCCAGUCAAUUACACGAGCGAUCCAUCGACGAAUUUAACUUAUGACAUAUUCAAAGAAUGGUUCGAAGCAGAUUUCAUACCGAGGGUUUCAAAUUUUUUGACAGAAGGAAAUCAUUCAAAUAAAAGAGCUACACUUUUUAUGGACAACUGCUUGAUAAAUCAGCCGCUUGUUGUUCAUAGUGAUGACAAUUAUUUUGAUAGUAUAAAUAUAAAACAUUUUCCUACGAACUUUACGUUAUUUAGCUCGAAUGAUGACAAUUAUUUGUUCGAUAUGAAGAAAACUUAUAGACUGAGUUUUAUGAGUCAUUUUAUUGAAAGGGCUGAUAAGUAUACGGAGAAUUUGAACCAGAUUUUGAAAGAUAUUUCAUUGAGAGACGUCAUCAAGUGGACUGAUGAGGCCUGGAAUAAAAUAAGCGAGGUCACUAUUAGGAAAUCGUGGGACUCUUUGGCGCCAGUAAAUAACGCGGGUGAUAAAAAUAUUAAUGAUGGAUUUGAAUUUAUUGGAAUUCCGUCACAAAUUAAAGAAGAGACUGAAGACGGAUUGGUGGCAAGUAAAUUACGUGAAUUUUACGAAGCGAUUCACAAAGCGGAUGUGUGGAAUGACGUUGAACAGAGUGAUGUAAAUACGUGGUUUUAUAGCAACGUUUUAUCCGAAGACUGUCUGAGUGAUAAGGAGAUAAUUAAUUUAGUGAUGGACGGAAAACACGGGGGUGAGAAAAAAAUCUGUAGUAAUACGGCUCCUGUAACGCAGGAAGUUUCUAUUUUGGCGGCAAAAAAAGCGAUCAAUACUUUGAUUAAAUAUUGCGAACAAAAUGAUGAUUGUAAAGAGGCUCUUUCUAAUUUUUAUAAAUUUAAAGACAACUUGAAAACUGGUGAAGAAGAGCAAAGCGCAGGGGAAGUUGCGACUCAAUAAAUUACAAAUUACAUUUUUUUUUUUUAGUUUUCUAUCAGAUUUGAAUUCAAAUUUUGAUUGAAAAAUUGUACGAUCAGUUUAUAUUUGAACUUUCGUUAAUCAUGUAUUUAUUUUUCUGAUAUUAUUUGGAAAAUUAAUUAUCAUAUUUAAUGAUCGUAGAAAAAAAGUAUAAUUUAAAGUUUCACAAAAAAAAAAUGCAUGUUUCUAAAAGUAUUAAUUAUUAUUAUUAAUUGCUCAUCAAAAAUUGAAGAAUUUUUUUUUUUGUUACAAAUAAAUAAAAUUAAUAAGAAUGAAAUAUUAAUUUUAUGAGAGAAAUAAUUGUAAGCUACAACCCUAUCAAAAAUUCCCAUAGAAUCCACUCAAAUGCGACAAAAACCGCAUAGAAACCAAUACAUUCUAUAGAAUUCCAUGCGGUUUUUGUCGCAUUUGAGUGGAUUCUAUGGGAAUUUUCGGAUAGGGAACGUACGCAGUUCUAAUGUGAAUAGAUAAUAAUUUUUUUAUAAGAGUAUAAUUAUUUUGGUGAGAUUUAUGUAAAAAUUACAAUAAAUGAAACCAAAAUAGCUGUCAAAACUUUGAGAUUCUAGAAAAUAUAUCUUUCGAACGGUCGAAUUUUUUAAUUGUUAAAUUAAAUAGAAGAAAAUUUAUAUCUAAGUAUCUUACAAAUAAUAAUAUUUUUCAAAUAAACAUUUUUUUCGCUAAACUAGAGAGCGCUCCACUUGCCUAAGAAUAUUUUAAAAUAGAGCACCUAUGCUAGGGUUAACGAGGGUUGAAAAAUUUAUAAUGUCUGCGCAUAUGGCAACAGUAUUAGAAUGAAAGGAAUCAAGUGAACAUAUGAAUAAAAAUUUCAUGACUCUAAACGAGAGUCGUUUUAGAAUUCAAAAGUAAUUGCCACAGUCCGACGUUAUUUCUUUUGUUCAGUAAAACUUUCCUCCAGUCUGCCGUCAAGUUCACAUCAAUUUUAGGCUGACAUACUUUUGAAUACAAAAUGACGUCAAUUUCAACUGCAGGUCAGUGUAAAUCCACUGCCGCAAUCUGAAGACAAGUCGACACAGAAAAUUGCCAUCAAAUUGUUUGCAAAACAAUUAAGUAGCAGGUGACUUUCAAAUUGACCGCAAGUUGGUGUCAUUUAAUUUGCACGUCAAAUUUUAGCAGUCAUGUUGCGGCAGUAGAUUGACGUCAAUUUACAGUCUAUGUGACUAUCAAUUGAAAGUAAAAAAAAUUAACUAAACAGCGAUCUUCAUAUCAACAGAGUCAUAAAUCAUCCGAAAUAUUUCUACUGUACGUUAUGUCGAUAUUCUGUAAAAAAAAAUAUGCAGUGAAUAGUACUGAGAUCCUUCAUAGAUGUCUCGCUCAGUACUAUUUUUUACUUUGAAUAUAAAUUUAAAAUUACAAAAAAAAAUCAAAAUAAUUAAAUUCAACCAUAAAUAAAAAAUUAAUAA